CAACAGAGAAAAUAUUCAGAGGAGGAGAGCACGACUGCAGAGGCUGGCAGUGUGUUUACAAAGGGUAAGUGGAUUAUGAUACUGGUUUUAAUGAUAGAUUACAGAGCAUGCUUACAUUGCACAUACUAUCAAGAGUAUAGCUGAAACUGUUCCUGUAUAUUUCAUGUGUUUCUGUGUACCUGGGUGAAGUUAGCUUUGAGGGCUUUCUGACAGAAAAUUGUCUUAUGGUUUAGCCAACAAACAUAUUUCCAGUAUUGGUUAUUUAUAGCAAACUUGAAGGCUAUCUCCUCCCAUGUGCUUGCCUUACACAACAAAUAUGCAUCAUUAUUUAAAAAAGAAAAGAAAAGGAAAGCCACAAUAUUGAUGUAUUUCAACCUUUUACUAUUACACCUCUCCUCCUCCUACAGGAGAGGAUCAACACCUACACCAACCUCAACCACCAUGUCCCUGUGGUAGAGAUCUAUAUGGAUCAGUCCAAAGAUCUUCGAUUUGAUUACCGCCUGUCGAGGGAAUCCAUCGAGGCCCUGAUGACCCUUCUCAGGAGGGAGAAGACCCAUGGCUGGGUUCAGCAUGUGGAGGUCCUUCUGGUGGUCUACUGGCUGGCACAUGGGUUGUCUUAUUCUGUUGUCUCCAGGGUCUUUGAUGUGCCCAAGACCACAGUUUUCAAUAUUGUCCACAGGAUGUGUGAGGCAAUAUUGUGUCUGUUGGAGAAGGUCAUCCAUUUCCCCACACAGGCACAUUGUGCUGAAGUUGGCAAUGGCUUUCGUCACCUUGCCAACAGCCCAGCCUUCAGACACUGUGUGGGAGCUAUACAUGGAUGCCACAUCCGCAUCAAGGCUUCCAAUAGCCCCCAUGCCCAGGAUUACCUGAACAGGAAGCUGUUCUUCUCUGUCCAGCUUCAGGGAAUCUGUGACAGCUUUGGCAAAUUCCUGGACAUUUUUGUUGGCUUCCCUGGUUCGGUCCACGACACCAGGGUGCUCAGGAACAGUCCAGUGUUUGUGAGGGGCUGUUACCCACCAGCUGGCCAUUACAUUGUGGGGGAUGGAGGUUACCCGUGCCUGAGGGAACCUCUUAACCUCAUCACACCGUACCGGGAACCGUUGAGGGGUAGAGUGGAGGCGCGCUUCAACCGACACCAUGCCAGAGCCCGAUCGGUUAUAGAGAGGGCUUUUGGGAUGAUGAAGGCACGGUGGAGAGGGAUCUUCUUCAAGGCCCUGGAAGUGGAUCACAGCUUUUCCCCCACGGUGAUAGCAGUGUGUGCAGUGCUCCACAACAUCUGCCUCACUGCUGGAGACAUCCUGGAGCCAACUGAGGGAGAGGAUCCAGUGCCGCUACCUCCACAGGGACCUGUGCAGAGGGAUGAACAUGCUAGUCAGCACUAUAGGGACGGACUGGCAGCACACGUGUCAGCCCCACAUCAGUGUCCUCCACACCUAAAUGACCAUGACUAUUUCCUUAUAUAGUUGCUUGGAUUGUUGCUACUCCUGCUGCAGCAGCAUUUUCCAGUUGGAAGCAACUAAGCUCCAUCUUUUUCGUUGAUGUUCACCCCGUUAUGUUGUAUUUUUGUCAUGUUUAUUUGUACAUACGACAUCUAUUGCACGUCUGUCCGUCCUGGGAGAGGGAUC